GCUCCUCCCAGUGACUCCUUCCCUUUCAAUCCCUUCGUUAAAUAGCUUCCCCUCCGAUGGCUUUCGCUCUGGGAACAGCCCCUGCAGCCUGGCGCCGGAGCGCGGGCGCCCCAGCAUGAGCGCAGCCCUGCUCCCCCAGGCCGGGGCCGCCCGCCCGCGCCUCGGCCUCCUGCUCCUGCUCUCCUUGUCGCUCCACCGAGGCGCGGUCGCUAAAGAGCUGAAGUUUGUGACGCUGGUGUUUAGGCAUGGAGAUCGAAGUCCCAUUGAGACCUUCCCAAAUGAUCCCAUUAAGGAAGCUUCAUGGCCACAAGGAUUUGGCCAACUCACUCAGCUGGGCAUGGAGCAGCAUUAUGAACUUGGACAGUAUAUAAAGAAAAGAUAUGGGAAAUUUUUGAAUGAGUCCUACAAACGUGAACAGGUUUAUAUUCAAAGCACGGAUGUUGAUCGGACGUUGAUGAGUGCUAUGACAAACCUUGCAGGCCUGUUUCCUCCAGAGGGUAUCAGCAUCUGGAAUCCCAGCCUACCCUGGCAGCCCAUCCCAGUGCACACACUCUCUCUUUCUGAAGAUCGGUUACUGUACCUGCCUUUCCGGGACUGCCCCCGUUUUAAAGAACUUACAGAGGAGACUCUCAAAUCAGAGGAAUUCCAGAAGAGAUUGCAUCCUUACAAGGAUUUUAUAGAAACCUUGCCAACAUUGACAGGAUACCAUACCCAGGACCUUUUUGGAAUGUGGACUAAAGUCUAUGACCCUUUAUUUUGUGAGAGUGUUCACAAUUUCACUUUACCCUCCUGGGCCACAGAGGACACCAUGACUAAGUUGAAAGAAUUAUCAGAAUUGUCCAUCCUGUCCAUCUAUGGAAUUCACAAGCAGAAAGAGAAAUCUAGACUGCAAGGGGGUGUCCUGGUCAGUGAGAUCCUUAAUCACAUGAAGAUUGCAACUCAGCCAUCAAACCACAGAAAACUUAUCAUGUACUCUGCACAUGACACUACUGUGAGUGGCCUACAGAUGGCACUAGAUGUUUAUAAUGGAAUCCUUCCUCCCUAUGCUUCCUGCCAUAUAAUGGAAUUAUAUCUUGAAAAGGGGGAGUACUUCGUAGAGAUGUAUUACCGGAAUGAGACCCAGCACGAGCCAUAUCCUCUCACACUGCCAGGCUGCACUCCCAGCUGUCCUCUGACAGAGUUUGCUGAGCUGGUUGCCCCUGUCAUCCCCCAAGACUGGUCCACGGAGUGUAUGACCACGAGCAAUGACCAAGUUCUAAGAGUCUACCUUGCUGUUGCCUUUUGCCUGGUGUCUGGUGUCCUAGUGGUGCUGCUGUUUACCCUCCUCCGCCACGGGCCCUGCUGGCAGAGAGACCCUUAUCGGAACAUCUGAACAGAUGGCUGAAGGAGGGUGGACACACCCGACUGACCUCCUGUGAUGCCUCAUUCAAAAGACAGGCUUUCACCGUGUGGACAUCACCCCAUCCACUCCCUUCUCUUUUAGUCUGUCUGGAGCAGGGUCUGAACUUACAGUGACCCAGGGACUGAUGAAUGAACCCCAGGUUACUUGGUCAGGUCUCCUGACCUCCUGACUCCUCGUUGUAGUGCAGGCUUCUCAUUCGGCUCGAAAGAGGCUCUUUCACAAAGGAUAGUUGUAUUCUCUGGCAUGGAUGUUCAGAAAAAAAGAAGAAAUCAAACUCCAAUCAGCCUUUUGCCUGCAAAGAGCAAAAGGUUACAGUGUGUGACAGAGACAUAGAUUAAAGAAGACUGGAUAAUGAGGACAAUUAAACUAGAAGUAGUAUCAUGUAGGAUGAUUCUUAAGAAGUAAGACCUAAUUAGAAGGUAUAAAUAAAUUAUUUCUUUAGCCUUUAAGUAGGUGUAAUACAAACACGUACACAUUCCUGAAAAGAACCUCCUACACAGUGUUUGGUAGCUAACAGAUUUUUGUAUGUGUAUGUAUACUAACACACAUGCAUAUACAUAACUGUGUUGAAACUGUGUUGACACAGUUUCUGUCAUUCUCAGAAACUGUAAUAUCAACUACUGCAAUUAUAGCUCAGGUCAUUUUCCCCACAACUUCUAAAAUGGGGAAUAACUAGAGAACCCAUGCAGCCAUGUUUCUUUUUUUUUUUUUUAACGUCUACCAUCAUCAGACCUAGAUAUUUUUAUAGUUCCAGUUUCUUUAUUUCAUUUAAAAAGAGAUUUACUUUGAUGGAAACUCUUCAUGACCCAUCUCUUAGUCUCAGGAAUCUUCCUCUCCCUUUGGACUCCACAACUUUCUCUUGUUAAACUUCAAGCACUUACCUGUACCACUUUCUACAUAAUUCUUACUGAGCCAAGGCUAUUACAAAAAAAUAAAAAAAGAAGGGAGUUGUGUUCUCUUGCCUAGCAACUGCUACUGCCUCCCAUAACAUAAAAGGCACGUAGGCAAGGAAAUGCAAGAUCUGGUUUCAUCCUCAAGCUGGGAAAGGGAAAAAACAUCUAUAGCAAGUAAGAACAAAGGACAAAUUACUGUCUUCCUAAAGUAGCCAGCCAUAUUAGUAAUGAGACCAGAACAUCUUAUGCUGAUAAGUGAUGAGAUUUGAAAAUAGAAGUAGAAAAUAGAACCAUAAGUAAUGGAUUUUCUCACUUAUUUAACAAGCCUUGAUAGAACACCUACUAUUUGCUUAUUGCUGGCCUAACUGCUAAAUUGCACAUCCCUAAUGUGAUUAUUAAUGUGUUUGGCCCCAACAACAGCCCUUAUACAGUUGAUAGAAUGUACAAGUAAAAGCUUUCACAACCUUUCCCUAAUAUUAUCUUUUAAUACUGUCAAUGGCUAAAAGGACCUCUACUUUCUACUGUUUCUGGAUUUUUUUUUAAUAUCCCCCAUUUCUCUUCUUCUACCAUUUCUUAAUUAUUGUAAAGAAAGCUCUGACUCCCACCUUAGUGGUUUCUUUUACCUUCCACAGAGCUACUCAGUUAAUAAACACUGUAAUUGUUGUUCAUAGUUCAUGUCAGAGUGAAAAAUCACAAGUGAUAAAUGAUCUAUAAUGAUAAAGCAGAGAACACAAAUGCACUGUAACAUUCCUCAGGAAAUAAGCUAAUCAUCCAACUUCAAAAGAAAAAUAUGCAAAUUCUCUCUACUGAUAAAAGUGACCUUUUCAGAUGGGUCAGGGAAGCUCAGUUGACAUGAGGACAAAUAUUGUUUGAAAGAUAACUGCUGGAUUGAGAUAACUUCUGCUCUGAAAUGUAUUCCCCACAUUUGAAUCACUGUAGAGGUCUUUGAACAGGAUGAGAAUAAUGUAGUAAUUACCACAUCAAUGUAGGAAAAUGCCCUAACAAAAAAUAUGAUCAGUAUAUAUGUAGAAAAUUCUAACAAAGUUGUAGAUAGGGAAUUCCCAACUAGAAUGGCAUUGUGUAAAGAAAGUAUUAAGAGAAUAUGAAUAUAAAAAGAAUAACUUAUGGUAAUAGUAGAGUACAAGCUUUGGAGGCAAACAUUUUAUUGGAAGUCAUUCAACUAACAAAACUUUUUUUUUUUUUAAGAUUUUAUUUAUUUAUUCAUGAGAGACACAGAGAGAGGCAGAGACACAAGCAGGCUCCAUGAAGGGAGCCCUACGUGGGACUCAAUCCUGGGUCUCCAGGACCACAUCCUGGGCCGAAGGCAGCGCUAAACCGCUGAGCCACCCAGGCUGCCCAACAAACCUCUUUUAUAUUAGGCAUUUCUUCUCCUUGAAGUCAGUGAUGUUCCCUAUUCUCCCAACUUCCUAUUCUCAUUCUGUUUCGUUCUAGUACUGCUAGCAUUGAUCCUUCCUUUAUCGCCAGGGAAGUGUUUUGAUAAGUGAAAGUCAAAAUGAUAGUUUUCUCCUUCAAAACGCUAUAGAAAAUUCAUUUGAGUAGUAAUGGUUGUGUAUUACAUUUUGGUGCUUUAUUCCAGGACUGUCUAAUAGAAACAUAAUGCAAGCCACAAAUGAGGACCACAUAAGGGAUUUAAAAAUUCUAAUAGUACAUUAUAUAAAGGUAAAAAUAAACAUAAAAUUAAUUCUAAUAAAAUUUAUUUGACCCAGUACACUAAAAAAAGUCACUUCAACAUGUAAUUAAUAUUCUUAACAUUAUUAAUGAGGUAUUUUUCAGGGUUUUUUGGAGUAAAUACUUGAAAUCUAAUGUGUAUUUACCCCUACAGCACAUCUCAAUUUGGACUAGUUACAUGUCAAAUUCCAGCAACCAUAUGUGACUGGAGGCUACCAUAUUGGGCAAUUACAACUAGAUGACAAACUUCUUGAAGCAGAAAGAAUGUUUUGGUUUGUUGUUUUGUUUUAUUUCUAAAGGUUUUUUUUUUUAAGAUUUUUUAAAAAUUUAUUUUAUCCAUGAGAGACACACAGAGAGAGAGAGAAGCAGAAGCAGGCUCCACAGGGAGCCUGAUGUGGGACUCGAUCCCAUGACUCCAGGAUCACGCCCUGGGCUGAAGGCAGGUGCUAAACCGUUGAGCCACCCAGAGAUCCCAUUUUGUUUUGUCUUUAAUUUGUAAGGUUCACUUUCAAGUGAAGAAAUGAAAGUCAUCUUUCUUAUAUGUCUGUAUCUUACUGUUUUUGUAUAUGUGCUGAAUUGAUCAAGGAUUUUUCUGAAAUGUUUUAUUUGCAGAUAUGUCUUAACAGCAGCACCCUAGACUUUUUCCAAAACCAAACUAUACUAAAUGAACUAGUUCUUCUUUAAAAUGUCUAAAGAAGGAAUCUAACAACACAAUUAGAAUAUAAGUACUGCUAGAUUGGGGGAUGGAUGCCUUUUAAAUUUUUUGUUAAAUUUUUAAAAAGAUUUUAUUUAUUUGACAGAGAAAGCAUGAGCAAGUGGAGUGGGGAAGGGAGAAGUAGGCUCCCCACCAAGCAGGGAAGCUGAUGCAGGGCUCCAUCCCAGGACCAUGGGAUCAUGACCUGAGCCAAAGGCAGAUUCUUAACUGACUGAGCCACCCAAACAUCUCUGAAUUUUUUAUUAAAUUCUUUGUUACAAAUAAUUGUAUUUAAAACAAAAAUAAAUUCAGGUAAUACAGAAGGGUAUAAAAUACAAGGUAAAAGGCCUUUCUACCCACUUCCAUUCAUCAGGGGCAAUCCUGUCAACAAUAUCUGCUUUUAGUUCUUCUAGAGACUAGCAUGAAUUUUAUGAGCUAUACUUACACUUAGAUUUUCUGAAAUUUCACACACAAUUAUAACACAUGGUGUCUUCUUUCUUGUAGUAUUUUUUUCAUUUUCUUGAAGGAAUUUUUUAAAGGCUACUUGAACUAAGCUUUCUGAUUCUGACAUGUAUGUUUUGACCUCCAUUUACCCAUCAAUCAGCAAGGUAUACAUUUUCAGGUUGAAAAUCAUUUUGCCCCAGAAUGUGAAUGCAGUAUUUUGUUGUCUUCUAACUGCUGAUAAGAAGUCUGAUUGGUAUCAUUCUCAUCCAAUGUAAUUGUUCUUUUUUUCUGAAAAAAAAAUUUUAUUUUCCUUUUUUUUUCUAAAUCUUUUUAAGAUAUUCUUUUUAUCCAUGAAGUUCUGAAAUUUCACUAGGAUGUAUGUAGGUGUGGGUAUUUGUUUUCUAAUUAUAUGUGGCUUACACAUGUCUUUGACUCAAGAAAACUGUAUUCUUGAACUUGAAUUUCCUGGGUCUAUCCUUCAACUUCAAACUUCAAAAAAUUACAUUUUUUCUACCUUUUAAUUUUAUUUCUCUGCAUUUUAGGAAAUUUUAUUUUCCAGAACACUAAUUUAGUCUUCAGCACAUUAUUCUUUUUUUUUUCUUCUAAGAAUACUUUCCUAUUCAUUGAUUUUUCCUUUUUUUACAAUGGCCACUUCCUAUUUUAUGAUGAAACUUUAAGACUCUGACUUGGAAUUUUUUCAAGUUCUCUUCUGCUCCGUAAAUUAUUUCUGUUUUCUCUGGGCUCAGAUGUUUGAAUUUAUUAACCUUGGACUUUCUCUUUCAUCCUCUUUUUCUCAGAUUUUCAUGAAUCAUAAUCCACAAGUGAAGAAGUCUGUGGAUUAGUAGGGAUGACUGGUCUUGAUUUCCCUAUUAGUCAUAUAUAUCUGUUUUCCCAACAAAUAUCCUCUUGAAUAACUACAUUAAAAGUCUCUUUCACUUGGAAUAUUACUUAGACAUCAAAAAGAAUGAAAUCUUGCCAUUUGUAACAACAUAGAUGGAGUUAGAGUAUAUUAUGCUAAGUGAAAUAAGUCAGUCAGAGAAAGACAAACCAUAUGAUCUCACUCAUAUGUGGGAUUUAAGAAAGAAAACAGAUAAACAUAUGGGAAGGGGGCAAAGAGAAAAGGGAGAGAGGGAAACAAGCGAUAAGAGACCCUUAACAAUUAAGAACAAAGAGGCUUGAUGGAGGGGGAUAGGCUAGAUGGGUGAUAGGUAUUAUGAUGAGCCCUGGGUGUUGAAUUCAGAAUCACUGAAUUCUACUCCAGAAACCAAUAUUGCACUGUAUUUUAACUACCUAAAUUUUUUUUAAACUUAAUAAAAGAAUUCUAAUUUUGUUUGCUAAUUGCAACCUCUUCAUCA